GCCCUAGUCCAAGCAACUCUUCCACCUGGUCUUCCCGCCAGAAAAUCAGCCAAGCCCUCGGUCGCUCGUUUUCGGCCGACGGGAGUCUGGAGAACCAAGCGCGCAUGUUAGCAAAACCCUAAAUCCUAAAUCUCAUUGCAACAGAAUCUGACCUAGAUACGAUUCCGCGCAUGUGGACGCCUAUUCGCGCGCGCCGCGACAGCCAAAUGCCCAUUCCGUUCUCCGCCGUUUUCUAAAAGCUCUGAACUUUCGAAAAUAUCGACAUCUCCUCUGCUUUCAACAGCAUUCAGCUUCUCCUGAAAUCUUGAAUUUCGAAAAUUAGGGGUUUCUUUUUAUAAAUACCGUGGCCUUUUCGCAAGGUAGGGUUGAAAAUGGCAAUUUGUUCUUUGAGAUUGGGAUUGCGAAAUCAUAUCGGUUUGGUUGAUGAUCGCAUGGUCGGGAUCGAUUUCGGAACCCGCGGGAGACGAAAUGUCGGAUGCAGAGGUUCUGUAAUCGACAUGGUUUUGAGAAGCAGAGGUUUUGGGAGGAGGAAGUUGGAGAUCAGGAGCAUGUCGCGGGCGCAGGAUGCUGGAUUGGAGUCCGGCGAUCGGACGGUUGUGGUUUUAAAAAAGGGUAUGGAUGUUUCUCUGGCGAAUGAUUCGAGGGUUUUGGGGUCGAGUUGUAGUCCGGAACUUGAUGAUGGAGGUAGCAGUGGGGAUUCUUUCGGUGGGGCUGAUGGUAAUGGGAGGUAUCCGCCUGGAGGAGGAGGUGGUGGCGGCGGCGGCGGCGGCGAUCCUGAGGAAGACGGCAGAGAAGAAGAAGAGUUUGGGCCGGUAUUGAAGUUUGAGGAGGUGAUCAGAGAGGCGGAAGCUCGGGGGGUGAGUCUUCCAUCGGACAUGUUAGAGGCUGCAAAGACGACCGGAAUUCGCAAAGUUCUUCUUCUUAGAUACUUGGAUUUGCAGGAUUCAGUUUGGCCUCUUGGUGUUGCAAUCAAGUCUUGCUCUUUGCUUCGUGACCGAAUGCUUGCCGACCCAUCUUUCCUUUUCAAAGUUGCUACGGAGGUUGUCAUUGAUUCUUGUUGUGCAACGUUUGCGGAAGUUAAAAAGAGGGGCAAGGAUUUCUGGGCAGAGUUUGAGUUGUUUCUUGCGGAUCUUUUGGUUGGGGUGGUUGUUGACAUUGCUUUAGUUGGGUUGUUAGCACCAUACGUUCGCAUUGGAAAGCCGUCUGUGUCGAAAGGGUUUUUUGGACAAAUGCAACGUGUUUCUGGAGCUCUACCUAGCAGUGUGUUUGAAGCUGAAAGGCCUGGCAGCAGAUUUUCUGUCAGACAACGGGUUGGAACAUACUUCUAUAAGGGAGUUUUAUAUGGUUCAGUUGGUUUCUUUUGUGGGAUUAUAGGCCAAGGUAUUGCGAAUCUGGUGAUGACAGCCAAACGGAGUAUUAAAAAGUCCGAGGAAGAUAUACCUGUACCACCCCUCUUGAAAAGCGCAGCACUUUGGGGCGUCUUUCUCGCAGUUUCUUCCAACACUCGCUAUCAAAUUGUCAAUGGAUUGGAAUGCCUGGUAGAAUCUUCGCCUGUGGCGAAAAGGGUUCCACCAGUUGCAUUGGCUUUCACCAUCGGUGUGCGUUUUGCCAACAAUAUCUAUGGAGGUAUGCAAUUUGUGGACUGGGCUAGGUGGAGCGGCGUACAAUAGAAGUAUGAUAUCUAUCUUAUACAUGAAAGUAGAGAUGUACCAUUCAAUUGAAAUGGAAAUGAUUUUGAUCUUCA